AUGUCGUUCUCUAGCCUCGUUCAGGAUCUGUCGCUCCGCGACGCCAGCACUUCAAGGAGACCGGCGAUGCCUCGCGGGGAUGCCUCGGUGUCCACUGUUGACGACCGCGCUUCCUGCCUCUCCAGGGCCAAGUCGUAUGCGAGCACCGCUGCUACUAGUGUCAGCAUCUCCGGCGACAUUGGCAGCCAGCUUCAUGCCGGCUACAGCCACCCUCUCGCCAGGUCCUGGCAAGCUGAGCGCCAACUGACCAAGUCGAUGCUCAUUUAUCCCCUCUUUAUCUCGGAUCAAGACGACGAGGAGGUUCUCAUUCCCUCCCUUCCGAACCAAUACCGCCGCGGCAUCAACAGACUCGUCCCCUUCCUCGAGCCGCUUGUCCACAAGGGGCUGCGAUCCGUCAUUCUCUUCGGCGUGCCCAUGAGGCCGGGCACCAAGGACGCUCUGGGAACCGCGGCCGACGACCCAGAAGGCCCCGUCAUCCGCAGCAUCCAGCUUCUGCGGCGGCGCUUCCCACACCUGUACAUCGUCUGUGACGUCUGCCUCUGCGAGUACACGUCGCACGGCCACUGUGGCAUCCUCCGCGACGACGGCAGCCUCAACAACCAGCUCUCGGUCGACCGCAUCUCAGACGUCGCCGUCGCCUACGCCCGCGCCGGCGCCCACUGCGUCGCGCCAUCGGACAUGAACGACGGCCGCAUCCGCGCCAUCAAGCUCAAGCUGAUCGAGGAGGGCAUCGUGCACAGCGUGACGCUCAUGUCGUACGCCGCCAAGUUCUCGGGCUGCCUGUACGGGCCCUUCCGCGACGCCGCCGGCUCGACGCCUUCGUUUGGCGACCGCCGGUGCUACCAGUUGCCCCCCGGCGGCCGCGGUCUGGCCCGCCGCGCCAUUGUUCGCGACAUCAACGAGGGCGCCGAUAUCAUCAUGGUCAAGCCCGCCGGGCAGUACCUUGACAUCAUCGCUGAUGCCAAGGAACUCGGCAGGGACUUGCCCGUCGCUGCGUACCAGGUCAGCGGCGAGUUCGCCAUGAUCCACGCUGCUGCCAAAGCUGGCGUCUUCGACCUCAAGGCGAUGGCGUUUGAGAGCACCGAGGGCAUUCUCAGAGCGGGCGCGACCAUUAUUGUCAGCUAUUUUGUUCCGGAGUUCCUGGAUUGGCUGUCCAACUGA